AUGGCAAGAGUUGGACCAUUGAUAUGGUUUUGGUCUUUAGUUAUAUUACCAUUCACUGCUAUUGUUACAUUUAUUGUGACUUUGGUAGUAUGUACUCAAGUUUCAAAUGAUGCGCCGCCAGACGAAAAGUAUCCUCAAAUAUCUCAACUUGGUACUGGACAGGCAUAUCCUUAUUUUGUGACUGGAUUUGUUAUUUUAUCAAUUCAAUUAGUUGUAAUUCUUCUUGGUCGAAUUCAGUUUCUCUUUCAAACUCAAUAUAUUAUUCAUCGUGGUAUUAUAAGUAUUGUUCAUGCUCUUGGUCUUCUAUCCACUGGUUUUCUUCUUCUUAUGGCCAUUGCAAGUGUUGAUAGACGUCCUACAAUUCAUCUCACUGGUGCAUAUGGACUGUUUGGACUCAUUUCAUUGUAUUGUUUUCUUCAUACUGUUAUCGUCUUUUAUCUCUUUAUACGUCGAUUAGAUGCACCACAACAUUCGAAUAUUAUUUGGCCAAUAUGGUUUCUUGUCUGCAGUUUAUUAAUUAUUGCUUUUUUUGUUGUCUGGCUUAUAACUGCAGCGGGUAUUCCAGAAUAUAUUGCUGCUGGUACACCUUUUCUCUAUUUUCUUGGUUUUGUACCACAGUUUUGGAUGCAAGCAAGAAAGAAGAAACCAGAUUCUGUUUUAUUUAAAACAAUAACAUUUUCGAAUCAACCCUCUGCAUGA